AUGUCUCCCGCCGCCGCGAGCGAGCGGCGCAAAGAGGCAGCUUCGCGCAUGCUUUUCCGUAACGUUCUCGCGACGUGGAGCACGAGUUUUUCCUUUAUUUUCGAGGCAAACUCGUGCGGCGCGCCCCGCCGCCAGCAGACGCAGUCCCUGCUGCAGGAGCAGGACCAGCAGCUCUCCGUUCUCGGCCAGGGCGUCAAGCGUGUCAAGGCGCUCGCCGGCGACAUGCGGACGGAGUUGCAGGCAAGUGGCAGCCUCGCGCGUCGGCCACCGCGCGGCAGCGGAUUCCCACGUGACCUCUGCACACGCUGGUGGUGGCAGGACACACCUCAUCUCGCAGCGCCCGCGCUGGAGCAGACGGUGAUCCUCGAGAACCUGGAGGACGACAUCGACAGCGCGGACUCGUCGAUGAAGUCGAUGCGCAGCCGCAUGAACGCGCUCUACGCGCAGACCGCCUCCUCCGAGCGAGCUCAGCGCGUCACUCGCCGCCCGGGUUGUUUUGCUAUUCUGUCGCGCGCCCCGGCCAAGGCAGACGUCGGUGUGCGCCGUGCUGGAGGCCAGGGAGAGUUGUUAGCGCAAAAAGCGAAUGGUGGCCGGUCGUGGCUCCUCCCGGGGGACCCGACUGUCGACGAGGAGAAGUGA